UUCUCGUACGGCGUGGUUCACAUUUUCUAUUGGUAAAGUUCGCGGAUUUCGCGCUUCACAACAACGACAACAGAGCGACAGCAACAACAAAUUUUCAAUUUAGUGAUGGAAAUGGAAAAGCGAAUUAUCAAAAUGGAUUAUAUCAACAAAAAUGAACGACGCAUGAAAAUGCACAAUCAUUAGCAGCGUAAUUAGGAUUGCAUUAAUAAAUAAGAAUUACGCGCACAGCUUUUUUUUUAAGCAAAAUCCAAAAAAGCCGAAAAGCAAAAGUAAAAGCACAGUUAACUCUUUGGCAACGCGAUAACUCUUCGUUUUGCUCUAAAUCGAACGGAAGAGAGUGGUGGAAGAGAGCGCGCGAGCGCACAUUGCUUUUUGUUUACACGCCCAUUUGUGUAAAACUAAGGCAACGAUUGCAACGAACGCCAAGCAAAUGAAUCAAUGUUUAUAUUCAUUGAACAGUAAAUCAAUUUGGCAAUUAACUAAACAAAUUUGAAGAACCGCACAAACUGAUAAUUAUUGUAGCGGCAUUGCAACGUCAAGCAAACAACAAAUCACGCAAAAGCAAAGAGUUUUUGCGCAAAAGCAAAGAGAGCGAAUGCAUUGAGUGAGAUAGAGAGAGAGAGAAUCAGAGAGUAAAUACACAUAAAGAAGACGAACUCGCUCACUACUCGAAAGUACGAGUACGAGUGCGAGUACAAAAGCAACAAACACACAAGCGAACUCAGCAAAUUUCGUUGAGUGCUCCAAAGUCUCGUGCUGGCGUUGAUGUUGCGUUUGCCUCCCAGAUAGAAAUUGAGUCUCUCGCGUGACACAACGUGCGUCCAAACGAGCGGAAAGUUUUGUUUGUCCAGUGUGACUGUGUGCGUUGUAUAUGUGUGUGAAGAAGUUGGCUCUGUUUUUCUUUCUUUGCUUUUUGUUACUCAUUCGUUUGAGUAGCAGCUGCUCUUGUGCCGCCCCCACCAUCGACAUCGACCCCAUCAAAGCGGCAGUCGGUCAUUGAAGUGCCACCAUAACGGCAACGCAGGAAUAAAAAUAGAAGUUCAAAUAAAUAUAGCGAAAAAUUUGCAAUGCAAAUGUGUUUCAAAUAAUCGUCUAAGCGUAGCCAAGGCAAAUAAACAUACAUAAAGUAUAACAAGUAAAUGUGUUGAAAUCGCAACGUGCGUGCAUAGCAAAAAAAACAUACUAACGACUUAAGCGAGUGCAAAAUAUCGAUUUUUUGUUAGCAGUAGCAGCGCACGUCGAUGACCUCGACGACAACUACAACUAUAACAACAGCAGUAUAACUGUAUAAAGCAAAAGCUGAACUAGCAACAGGGAGAGGCUAAGAAACGCUUUUGCCCAAAUCGAAUUGAGCCACGUUUUACAUAAUUGCUCAAGCGCAUAAAACAAACACAAACGCCGAAACAACAAACGCAAACGUAAGAGCAAAAGCAAACGCAGAAGCAAAGCCAAACGCAAAAGCAAAGUCAAAAGAAGUAAAAACAGAAAUUAUAACGGCGUCCGUCAACCGAGGGCAAGUGGAAAACCUUUUUGUUGGUUUUGCUGCUGCUGCCGCCGCAGGCAGAAGAAGGCGCAUAAGUAGCACGACGCUGCCAGAGAGCGGCCAAAGAAGUAGCUGCAGUCGAAAAUCACAGAGACACAUGCUUAGAUAUCGGCUCGUAUCCACACACUUCCUAAAGCAACCGUAGUCAGCCCACGCCAGCCAAAAACGCAACUGGGGCGCUACAGUGGGAGAACGUCAAGGAGAGACCGAGAGAGAGUGAGCUAGCGAACGAGAGCGCACCAUUUACUACAAAAGUUAGAGCGAACGCAAUUGCAGCAAGUGCAGUACGACGGUACGUGUGUGAGCGAAAGGGACAGCGUGUGAACAAGAGAGAAAUUGACUGUGACGUGUAACGUCAACGACGAAGACCGAACGAACACCGAUCGCAGGAUAUACGAAGACACGAAUACACAAAAAAUUCACGAAUUCACGAAUCAAAGCAUCAGGUGUAAGUAGUGCGUCAGGUGUGUCGACUCGGCUCAUUAACGUAACGAACGUUGCAGCGCGUGGAGCUGCAACAAAGUCGCUGAGCUACGACCGUUGGCACAACAUCAUUGUGUGGGUCAGUUAAGGAGGUGAAUUAAUUAAGAGAGAGUGCAGAUCGAGAUCACAGAUCGCUUGAACCGCAGCAGUUGCAUCAGUUUGCAGCAGAGCGGCAUACAAUUCACAUCAAAAGGGCAAUAUAAUUCAGUCACAACGUAUUCGCUAGGAGUUCUACGCCUACUCGGUUUGAGCUGUUUUCAAUUAAAUAGCGAAAAUGUGCAGAGAUCGCGAUAUGAGUUUGUCAUAGAUCAGCGCAAUCGACAGUAUAAGGUUAAGAAAAAAAUCAAACUGAUGUUGUACUGAAUGUCGAACAACCUUCAACAGUCGUCACCAGUCACAAGGGAACGUUGUGUGGGCGUUUAUUGACAGAGCCUUGGACCAAGCAACAACGACAUUUGCAACAACAGCCACAACAAUAACAACAAAUAGGACGUCUACUUACGAUCCAAGCUAAUAUACCAAAGUUAACAAAUUAAGCCUCCAUCAGCCAUCACUUAGCCAAUUUUAAUUAAACAGCAAACAAAAUAUAGCAACAAAUAAACAACAACAAAUUUCCAGGAUUCCCGAAUAUCCGUUCAUGUGCAGAAGCGUGAAAUGUGACUAUUUUCAAUAACUCGUUAGCAAGACCAACACACAAAAUACUCGCGUCAUUUGUCCCCCUCAUCAAAGAAUAAAUACGUAUAUCGAGGGGGUCACCAAGCGGUUUCGAUUUUCGGGUCUACGACCAACGCUGACAAGUUCAAAACGUUGAGGCGUCGAAUAUCUUUAUCAUUUGUGCUUUGUGUUAACCAAGAACGUCGUGCAGCUGGCGAACGUACGUGGAAAAAUCAGCAAAAUUGAAGACUUUGCGAGAAAUCUUUGGAAGUCCGUUAAGGCUUGCAUUUGCGGCAUGCGCCAUCCCACAACUGGCCUUAACGAAGACGACCUAAGUCGUCUCACAGGUUCAUCCUCCUCAUCGACCGCGUCUUGCGGCAGCGCUGCCUCAUCAUCGUCAUCAUCCUCGGCAGCGGCAACGCAACGACAACAGGACCCGUGUGAUGUCGUCCAGCUGUCGUCGCAUCAAACGGAUCAGCAGACAUCGCCCCGCUUCAAUUCCACAUAUCUACCCGAAAUCAUAAACCCCUUGGAAUGGCAAAAGUCGCGCAAGCGCAAAGAGCGACUCGACAGCUGCUCGGCCACCAGUCAGGAUCGCAAGCUACAGCGCAGCAACAGCGAGGAGCUGCUCACCGAACCGGAAGCACCCCUCAAUCCGGCAAAUCCCACACAGACGCAUUGCCGUCAAACCCACUGCGAAGUCAUUCGUCGCGUCUCCUCCGAGGAUUUUAAACGCACCGCAAGCUAUGCCAGCUACUGUCAGGAGAUUGAGCGUGAUUCUGGCGUCGAUUUGCCACCCGACAGCAGCGAGCAGCAGGAGAACAAUGCUGCGCUCGCCAAUCUGCCGCAAAGUGUCAAUAUCGAGGCCACCAAAGAUCGUGCGCGUCUCGACACAAGUCCAGCUCGAUCACAGCAACAUUCGCCGGUGCGCAAUGGACGCCAGCAGCAAAUGCAGCGUGAGGCGAGCGAUGACAGCGAGUGUGAGCAUGAGCGUCGUCGGAGCAGCGAACGCUUCUGCAAAUCCCGCCAGCCGCCGGUGCGCAAAUCUGGUGUCAGCAAGAAGCCAAGCGCAGGUGGCAAGUAUUUGCCAUCGCGGCGUGAUGAGCAAAGUGCUUAUAAAUAUGAUUUGUCAGCGCUUAAAUACGAGCGACGUGGCUUCAUAAGCAGCAAGAAGCAACAACAGCAGCAACAACAACAGACGACAGUAGCAACUCUUGCCGAUCACAACGACAACAAUCUGAUUGACUUCCAUCAGCAGCAGCAGCAGCAGCAGCUUCAACAGCAGCAGCAGCAGACAAAGCGCAGCGCCAGCAUCUCGCCCACUCCGACCACCAGCAGCUCGUGCAGUUCAGCGGGCAGCGAUGACAGCACUCCGAAUGCCACCUCGGCCCCCAUCAAAGCCAAGCCGCCGCAACGCCAGCAACAGACCCUGAACCUGACCUCUGCGCAGGAGUCGUUGCCUUGGGUGCGUGGCGAUGAGCCAGCGCCCAUGUUGAGUCGUCGCUAUGCGCACUCGCGUCAUCAUGCCGGCGGCAACAUCGAUGCGGCUGCCAAGUUGGCCAAAGUCAUGCCAUAUCCACAACAACAGCCGAAGCAGGCGGCAAGCGUGCAGCUGCUCAGCGAGGACAUGGAUUGCUUGGAGCCGAUGGAUGCGGUGCGUGCGUUCAGCUCGUUGGAGAAUAUGCGCACACGCGAUGUGAUGCAGCAGGUGGUGCCCGCGAUGAUGGCAUUCCAGACGCCCGAGGAGCGAGUCAAGGCCAUCAAUCGUCGCGUGACGGCGUUGAAAAAGAAGUUGGUGCAGCUGGAGGAUUCGCUGGAGCAACGUUUGGGCUAUCGGCCAUCGCAGGCGGAGCGUCUCAAUGACAAGUACAUGAAGAACGCGCUCGCCGAACUGAGCAAGUUGCGCAAGGAGCGACACGAGCUUAAGACUGAUCCCAUUGCCGCGCUCGGCCUCAAAGUGGGCGCCAAUGUUGGUGGCCAGGGCAGCGGGAUUGCUGCCUCCCAUCAGGAUGCGGCCAAGAAGUUGGAGCGCAUGAAGAACACACUUUGCGAAAUCGAACAGAAUCUCAGCGAGAAGCGAACGCAGUGUCGUCGGCCACAGCAGCUGGAGGAGCUGACAUCCGAUCAACUGGUGCAGGAGAAGACAGCCGUACAGCAUGGACUGCUCUAUUUUGAGAGCCUCUAUGGCCAUCCGAUUACCAAGGAGGAGCGCGAUGCAGCGCGAUCGCUGUACGAUCGGUAUCGGCAGCUGAAGCGUUUGGUGUCGCGCAGCAUCAUGUUUGGUGGCGGCAGCGGAGUGCCAGAGCUGCCCACCAUAUUGGAGCACGAGGCUAUGGUCUUUGAGGCAACAUCAACACCGCUGCAGUAUUCAUCGAACAACAGCACUGAGACAACAAAUUCACCCAGCGACUCAAUGGCGCCAAAUAGUACAUUAAACACCCAGAAUGCUUCCUCCGAUGAGUCGACCACCACAACAACAACCACAACCACCGCCACCGAGCACACUCAGGCGGAGAACAUUGCAGCGCUCAGUCUGGAUCAGCUGUGGGAGCAGCUGGAGCGUGUACGAGAUGAGAAGACUUUGCUCAAGGCAACCAUACGCGAGUAUGAGUCCAUAUUCGAAGAGCAGAAUGGUCGCAAAAUGCUAAAACCCGAUCGCAAAUCCCUCGAAACUGAAACCUAUGCGCAGUACAAGGAGAAGAAGGCCAAGGUGCGUCUGCUGCAGGCGCUGAUCAAGAAACACAUUGGACACUAGAUAUAGCGCCCAUACAUCGGAAUUCCCCUCCCCCUCCCAUACACAAAUUAUUAUUCAUUAUUCAUUCUAAACUUAUUUAUUUCAUCAUAGAAUCCAAACAAAUCCGUUUUGAUUACCUACAAACGAAACAAAAUACACAAAAAAUAUAUACAUACAUUAAUAUAUAAUACACACACAAAAAAAAGAACAUACAUAUAUGUAGUUUUAGAUUUACAUUUAUCAUAUAUUCUAUAAUGAUACAUUUUAUGAAUAUUGUUGAUUCCUUAUUGUUUUUUGAAAACGUCUAUACGAUAAUAUAAAACAAAGCAAAAAACUAAAAAAAAAUACAUAAUAAAAAUAAACAAAAGAAAUGAAAUUAUGA